ACUGUGUACCCCCCCCCCCCCCCAACAACCACCAGGUCCACCAUUACGCCAUUCUGAAGACGAGUGCCUAUAAAGACUCGGAGCACUACGCAACUUCACGUUCCUCUCUGCCUUCACCUGCGUUUUCAUAGCUUCGGCUGCUCUCUCACAUUUUUCAGCGAAAUAAAUAUUAAACUAAGUUGGAUGCUUUGUCUCUGUUUGUGAAAUUACAAAUAAAUUCGAAGAUUGAUUAAGUUAUCAGCGAAAUCGAGCUAUUGUGACAGCGAGAAUGGAGGCAAAAGUUGCACAGAGUUUGCUACUUUCACCGACCGGUUCGGAGAAAAUUGUAAGGGGGCCGAGCGGUUCAGUGCGGUUCUCUCGGCGAUUCAGGGAACAGGAUAGGAUUCAUCUGCUAGUCUCUGCUCAAUGUCAGCCUAAAACAAGCCUUUCGAAUCGGCGCAAAACGGUGUCCUGUUCUUAUAAGAACUUUCCAGCUUCAAUCUUGGAAUCUGGAGGUCUUCAAGCUUCUUUUGAUGACGCUCUGAUUUUGAAGAAUAAGUCGCAAGAGAUCGAGCCACAUUUAAAUGGACGCUGCAUAUAUCUUGUUGGUAUGAUGGGCUCUGGAAAAACAACAGUGGGCAAGAUUUUGUCACAAGUAAUUGGCUAUUCCUUUUCUGAUAGUGACACGUGGGUGGAGGAGGACCUUGGUGGAACUUCUGUAAGUGAAGUAUUCAAGCUCUAUGGGGAGGGCUUCUUCAGAGAAAAGGAGACUGAGGCAUUACGGAAGCUGUCUUUGAUGCAUCGACUUGUUAUUUCUACCGGUGGAGGUGCAGUUGUUCGGCCCAUCAACUGGAAAUACAUGCAGAAGGGAAUAAGCGUCUGGUUGGAUGUUCCCGUGGAAGCCUUGGCCCAUAGAAUUUCGGCUGUAGGAACUGGUUCUCGUCCCCUUUUGAAUCAUGAUUCGGGUGAUGCGUACAAAAAGACUUACACGCGUCUGUCUACUCUUCUGGAAGAGAGGAUUGAAGCAUAUGCCAAUGCAAAUGCGAGGGUUUCCGUAGAAGAUAUUGCAGCUAAAUUAGGACAUAGAGAUGUAUGCAAUCUCACGCCAGCUGCUAUUGCAAUUGAGGCACUUGAAAAAAUUGAGGGAUUCCUAAAGGAAGAGAAUGGGAAUUUUGCAUUCUAGUCCAACGAGAGCUUCCAUAUCUGCCUAUUUUGGUACUUUUUUAUGAUAAUUCUUUUAAAUAUUUGGGUGUAGCGUGCCAUGUUUCUAUUUUUAGUAACGGAACAUGGCGCGCGAUGUUCGUAGUCUGUCUGUAAUGCUGUAAUCGUCUGGCAUUUGAAGAUAAGAAGUCAUUUCUUGUCCUAGUGUUAAGGAUAUUGUAGGUGUAUAUAGUGGCUAAUUAUCUCGUAAGGGAAUUUAAUAUCAUCUCUGGAUGAUUUCAUAAAUGAUUAUAAGGCCCGUUUGGUUUGGUUGUUGAAA